GACCAAUCAGAGGCACACUUCCUGCAACAACACGUAUGAUGAAACUGCCACGUAGAGGACCAUCUGCUCCUCUGCACAACAUUUGUUCAAAAGUUUUACUUGCCUCUUUAUCGGGCUGCUUGUUGGCACAGGUUGUGUUGUGUGAGCAUGCUGCUGUCGGUGCUGAGCUGGCUCUGCUCCUCUCUGCUGCUGUGUGUCAGUGGAGGGAAGCUACCUGAAGCAGAGGUGACGAUAGAAGUCAUGCACAGACCUUUUCUCUGUCAUCGUAAAUCAAAGUACGGAGACAUCCUGCUGGUACAUCAUGAGGGAUACCUUGAGAACGGGACCAUGUUUCACUCCAGUCGAGCUGAAGGUGACAAGCAGCCAGUGUGGUUCACUCUGGGCAUCAAAGAGGUGAUCAAGGGCUGGGACAAAGGCCUGCAGGAUAUGUGCUCAGGAGAGAAGAGGAAACUUGUCGUGCCUCCAGCACUUGCCUAUGGGAAGGAAGGGAAAGGUAAGAUCCCACCUGAGAGCACACUGACCUUCAUCAUAGAGGUGUUUGAGAUCAGAAAUGGACCCAGAUCACACGAGUCAUUCCAGGAGAUGGACCUCAAUGAUGAUUGGAGGCUCUCUAAGACUGAGGUAAAAGAAUACCUGAGGAAAGAGUUUGAGCGUCAUGGCUACCCUCCUAACGACACUCUGCAUGAGAACAUGGUGGCCGAUAUCUUUGAAAAAGAGGACGAGAACAAAGACGGCUUCAUUUCUUCCAGAGAGUUUACAUACAGACAUGAUGAACUCUAAAUUCUCAUUUGGUACCACACUCACUGGUUCAUUCAUUCAUACAGGGGUCCUGUCUUUUUAUAAGUUCACUGUCAAAAUACCUCAGUGCUUUUGGAGGUCACCACUCAGGUUACAUGAAUGUGAUGUCAUUUUUAAAAGGAUUUGAGCCAACUUUUUUUAAAAAUCUGAUUAUCUCAGUGUGUAUUUGCACAGAUCUUUCAAACGCAUUAUGUGGCACAUUUGCGUUACCGAAAGAUGAUCCCAUUUCACCUUGUAAAUACACUUUUGGAAACCGUAUGGUGAAAAAAUGAGUGAAUGCUUCUAGUGAAAAUGCAUCUUCUAGGCAGGCUUUGUAAGAAGAUAUCCACCUCUGAAGCUCUCUGAAAUGUAAUGUUUGUUUCCUUUUAUAAAAUGUGAUGAGAUUGAAAGAAAUUUUACUUUUAUUGGUCCAUUUGAGAGAAAAAAAAGGACCUGUUUCUUUUUUCAGUAUUCAAAAGAUCAAUACACUUAGGGGGACACUAUUGAUUGGUGGUUUACAGUGCAAAAAGAUUGUCAAAAAAAAAAAAAGAAAAAAGAAAGAAAAAGAAGCUUAUACAAUAUAAAUGGUAAAUGGACUGUGUUUUAUAUAGCUCAUGUCUUCUGACCACUAAAAGCGCCUUUACAUUACAUGUCACCCUCACCUAUUCACUGAUGGCAGAGGCUGCUCUGUAAAGUGCCUAUCAGUUUUAACUAAUCCAAUUCACACACACACCAACAACACAGCACCACAGCAGUUUUGGGGUUAAGUGUGUUGCCCAAGGAUACUUCUAAAUGUGGACAGUGGGACCUGAGAUCGAACCCCGACCUUCAGAUUGACUACACUGUGUUAAGUCAAGAAAAUGUAAACUUUUCAUUUUCUUUUGAGUGUGACACUGUCUGAUUUUGUUAGGGUAUGACUGGCUGAGAGGAAACAUUUUAUUAUAUUAAAGCUCUGUUCUAUGUUAA